AUGCCUUCGGAGAAAAAGAAAGGCUUGACUCUGCCUGAAGGUUUAGAUUUCACCACUCGACCAAAAGAUAGUUUGGUUGACGACUUAAGAUACGCGCUUGAGCAUGCAAGAGAGUUAUAUGCUGAUAUAGCAUGGGAGUUCACUUUAGCGCCUACUCCGACUACCAUCUAUGCUCACAAAGCCAUUUUAUAUGCUCGAAGCUCACGAUCAUUUCAAGAACGUUUUCUGAAAAAUAAAGAUGCGAAUGGAAUGUCUAUACGGUCCGUGCGGUUAUCCAAUACGGAUCCGGUUACGGUGAAGACUGAUGCGGAUCCAUUCUUAUUUAGACAAGAAUUAAAAUUUUUUUACACUGCUGAAGAAGGCAGUGAAGAUUUUUUACAAGCUGUUGAUACUACAGAUGAGCUCGAGCAGGACAAACUAAAAGAUGAUUUAUUAUAUAUGCUUAAAUCAAAAUUAUAUACUGAUGUCGAGUUGACAUUAGAAUUUAUGGAGGAUGACAUUGAAAUUGUUGAUGAAGAAGAAGAUGAAGGAGUUUUCAAGCCCAUAGUAAUUAGAGCUCAUCGUUUUAUGUUAUCUUCAAGGUCUGAAUAUUUCAAAAAAAUGCUUAGUUCUGAUUUUAUUGAAGCACGUAAUUCCGCUAUCAGUCUUGAUGCAUCAAUUUUUAAUCAAACUUCAAUCAAUUUGAUUCUUACUUUCAUUUAUACCGGUAAUCUUUCAUCUUCUUCAAAACCUUUAACUUUAGAAACUUGUGAAUGGGUUUGGAUUGGGGCGGACUUUUUAAAUAUAAAAAACCUUUGUGAAGAAUGUAUUUAUCGUAUCGCAACGAAAGUACAUUUUUUUAAAUGUACUUGUGGUGAAUGUCAAAUUGUUGUACCUAGGGUAGCUGCAUUUGCUAAAGAACACGAUGUUGACAAAUUAUGGCAAGGAUGUCUACAUGCUUUAUCUCAGGGAUUUGACAGCAUGUGGCCUAAUAAAGAAUUUGCAAAUCUUGAUGAGGACACCAGAGAGGAAAUUCUUAUGAUAUUACUUGCAAGUAUCCAAAGAAAUAAUGUUAUUUCUACCUUCAAAGGGUGCCGAAAUAUUAUUUCUGUAAUUGACAUAAAAGGAAUAGGUCUGCCUUGGAUAGAGACUGUUCGCCGUAUGACUAACGAAGUUAGAUCAUAUGCAGCCAAAAUUUUAGUUGAUAAUUUCGAGCAACUUUGUGAUGAAGAUCAAGAAUUUUUAAAUUGCGUGGAUGGUGUUGGAUUUAGCUCAGAUAUUUUAGAGGACAUUAUGAAUAUAAUAGUUGAAGAAAGUUUGACGGAACAAAAUUCUGCACGUAUUCUCAAAUGCAUUACUGGAAAAUUAUUACCAAGGCCUGCUGUUUCGAGUGCGGAAAACGUAGAAGCAAAACGAUUACUUAUGCAGUCAAAACAAAAUGUUUUUAAUUAUAUGAAAAAACGUUGGUUAGGAGUGAAACAGUAUGGUGGUUUCAGACUGCUUAGUCCGAUGUUAUUAGAUGAAUUUGUGAAAGAGCUAAAUGUGGACCGAAACGAGUUACAAUCACUUGUUGAUUCGAAACAAGUUCCAACCCAAGUUCAACCUCCAAAACCAAAAACCAGAACACCCAGCGCAACAAAUGGAUUAUCUAAAAAGGGCUUGGUGUCACCUCCUCCAAAAGUUACAGUUACAACGGCGUCAGCGGAAUCAACAGAAAAUGCUACCAGUCAGACUACGAAGCCGAUUCCAGAAAUUGUAACCCCUAAUGAUACCAAAUCUUCAGCUGAGUCAUCAUCAAAAGGUAAUGAAACUACAAAAACUACACGGACUGUUACUAAAAAAGUCAAAAAUGUGCGUAUUGUUGGUGACACGCCUGUAUGGGAUCGACCAACUCGUGCUAGUGUUUUACGUCAGAAAGCAUUGGCAGAAUCUUCAGCAAAAAAUCCCGUAAAACCAAGAAUUAAAAGUACGUCAACGCCGAAGUCUGCAUCAGCAGGUUCAACAUCGACUACAAAAACAACCAAAACAACAACGUCGGCCACUACGAAUAAUAAAACUGAUCGCACUCUACGGAAUUCUUCAUCUUCAUCUAAUCUUCGAGUCCCCAAGACAUCUUCUGUUACACAAAGAGGACGUACUACUACUAAACAAGCAACAUCUACUGCCUCGUCGCGUACAAGUUCAAUUUCUUCUGCAAAAUCAGUUAAUUCACCAUCUGUGUCGCCAUCACGAUUUAAUGGUGUACGACAAACUCGUGCUAGUAUGUUAAGACAAAUGAAGUAUGACGAUGUUCAACAACGACGAGGUCGUGAGCGGGAACGAGAUAUUACACCAAAAUCUUCUAGAGCUAGUUCGAUUGCUUCGACUUCGUCAGUCACAACAACCUCCUCUUCUCAUCACAAACGGAACCGUUCUCCAUCCGUAAUUUCAUCUAUUUCAGCUACAUCUAGCUCAAAUGGAAUCAUUACCAGUUUGCAACCUAAACCACAUCAACUUAAAUUGGCUACUAAUCCUUCUGCAGAUAUUUCUGUUGGAAGGCGUAUAAUACUUCCAACAAAGAACAAUGCUCCAGGAUGUAUACAAUUCUUAGGUGAAACAGAUUUUGCUAAAGGAAUCUGGGUGGGUGUAGAAUUAGAUAAUCCUGUCGGUAAAAAUAAUGGUGUAGUAGCUAGUAGAAAGUAUUUCACGGCUGAACCUGAUCACGGUAUAUUUGUUAGACCGGACUCGCUUUUGUUAAUAUGA